UGUAGUCCUGCCCCGUCUCCGCUGUCUUGCUCCCCCUGCUGGCGUUUCCCAGGUGUGCAGAUGGAGGUGGAGCUCGGAUUGGUCAUGGGACACAACGCUUCUCAGGACGGAAUACUCCGAAACAUCCCACAGGGUUCUGUGUUUUAAACCUUGUAUUCCUACCGGUGUAAACCUGUAACGCGUUUAUGGAAAGAUCUACAUUUCCUAUCGCACAGUUUUAUAAAACGCAUCUUGCAAGUUCAGAGUACUUUUAUAAAACGGCUAAACCGAGGAUGCAAACAAUCCACUAUCCCCGAAUGUGCCAGUCAGUUGUUUUGCCUUGCUCGUUUUGAGUUAAGGGUGGGUGUAUUCUGUUCACUAAGAUUUCCCACGGAAGAGGUUAGUUGAUUUCAUUUAAGAUUCAAUCACUUCUUCGAAAAGACUGGAAGUGAUUACAGGCUGGCUUUGCAAUAGUAGUUGUAAAUUAAAACCUGACUAUAUAACGCACUUUUUUCCAGCAAAUGCUAACGGAUCGCUUACAAAGUUAAGUCCUGAAGACUAUUUUUUUUGUUUGUUUGUUUUGUCCUCGCCACCAUGUCCGGUGUGGUGCGCACCCUGAGCCGGUGCUUGAUCCCAGCUGAAGCCAGCCGGGAGCGGAGCAACAGCAAAGAACGGAGCCGGGACCGGGAUGUGAACCAGGAGCGAGAGGCGAGACGCCGCAGUCGGGAAAUCGAUUCAAUGCUAGCCCGGGAGAGACGCUCCAUUCGCCGCUUGGUUAAAAUACUUCUGCUUGGAGCUGGUGAAAGUGGCAAAUCGACAUUCUUAAAACAAAUGAGGAUUAUCCAUGGCAGGGAGUUUGACCAGAAGGCAUUGCUUGAGUUUCGAGACACCAUAUUUGAGAAUAUCAUUAAGGGUAUGAGAGUCCUGGUGGAUGCCCGUGACAAGCUGGGUAUCCCCUGGCAGAACACGGAGAAUGAGAAGCACGGCAUGUUUGUGAUGGCCUUCGAGAACAAGGCCGGAGUGCCUGUGGAGCCCUGCACCUUCCAGCUGUACGUCCCCGCCCUGCGCGGGUUGUGGCUGGACACCGGCAUCCGCCAGGCAUACGGACGACGCAGCGACUUCCAACUGGGUGAAUCAGUGAAGUAUUUCUUGGAUAACUUGGACCGGAUUGGGCAGCUGAAUUACCUCCCGAGCAGACAAGAUAUCCUGCUGGCCAGGAAAGCCACGAAGGGGAUAGUGGAGCAUGACUUCAUCAUCAAGAAGAUCCCCUUCAAGAUGGUGGACGUGGGUGGCCAGCGCUCGCAGAGGCAGAAGUGGUUCCAGUGCUUCGACGGGAUCACCUCCAUCCUCUUUAUGGUGUCCUCCAGUGAGUACGACCAGCUGCUCAUGGAGGACCGGCGCACCAACCGGCUCGUGGAGUCCAUGAACAUCUUCGAGACCAUCGUCAACAACAAGCUCUUCUCUAACGUCUCCAUCAUCCUCUUCCUCAACAAGAUGGACCUGUUGGUGGAGAAGGUCAAGAGCGUGAGCAUCAGGAAGCACUUUGCCGAUUUCCAGGGCGACCCCCACCGGCUGGAGGACGUGCAGAGCUACCUGGUUCAGUGCUUCAACAGGAAGAGGAGGAACCGCAGCAAGCCCCUCUUCCACCACUUCACCACAGCCAUAGACACGGAGAACAUCCGCUUCGUCUUCCAUGCUGUCAAAGACACCAUCCUGCAGGAAAACCUCAAGGACAUCAUGCUGCAGUGAUUGCCAGCCCCUCUGCACGUCGUCUACCCUUUUAUUUUAUUUUUUAUUUAUGUAGGUUGCUUGUCUGUGUGCCUUUAAAAAACACACUGUACCUUUUUCUUUCAAUUUCAGGAUUGUUUUGGGAUGUUAAAAUAUAUCCAAGAAAACAUUACGAUGGACGCAGUGAAUUUGUGUCUUCUGGAGAAACUUCAUUAGCGUUUGUAAGCAAUUUAACAACGAAUGCACUGAGCUGUACUGUACCUGAAGAUCAAGCUCCUCAGCAGCCAAUGGUGGGUGAAGAAUCCACCUGCGGGUGACCCCGUUGUCCUGUGUGGUAUGAUGCCAAUAGGGAUGUAUUGAUUUUACUAAAUGGAAUAGAUUUACAGGGUGGUUUUUGCACAAUGCGUCAUGGGUACUUUGACCGAUUUACAGGACAUUAGGACAGAAUCUGCAACCAUCACUCCUGACUUUCUGCAGCUGAUCAAAGAACAACUGUGCCGGACCAAUGGCUGAGCUCAUUUGGAACAUGUUCAUUAUAAUGUUGUAUUUCGUCACAUGGUGCAUUGUUUAUAAAUCGCUCUGUAUCAGGAGAAAUAUGCAAGUUAAGAUCAGUGGUUAGAUCUUGGUGAUAGGACUGCACUAUUAAUAUUUUAUAUGCAUUUCUAAAAUGGAUUGAAUUGCCUGACUGAAAAGCAAGUUGUAUUUUGACGGGAUUACAGUGAUUUGCUAAAAAAAAAAAAAAAAAAAAAAGAGAGAAAUUGAUCGAGUGCCACGUGGUGUUUUAGAACCCUUUCCAAAGAAAGUGGUCUUAGGAGUAGAAAGGUGUAUUUGCAUUACUGUUGAUCCAUUGCUAUCAACCAAGCAUGUCUUUUGAAGAGUGAAGGGUGCAAGUUAAAAUUAGAAAGUUAUACUGUACAGUGACCAAAAGGAGCACAAGCAAGGCUGUGUGAUUUCGCUAAUGUUCAGGGAUGGAAACAUCCAGUUUGUUUGCUUGGAGCACAGAAGGCUUUUUUAAUAUUGCGAAAUAACGUUUUGGAAUACAGUCCUAGCAAUCUGCUCUGCUGGGAAAUCGUUGUUAUGCGGAUGAAAAAAGUAAUAACUAUUUUAUUUUAUGAUGAGCCUGUUCUGUUUCACUCUGAUUAAAAGUCUAGCCGUGUGCACUUAUAGACCAAACAAAGACUUACUUCAAAGUGAAACUAUGUGAUCAUAAUAAUAGCGUAGUGCAAAUACAGUCGGAAUUACAGUAACAGAUGAAGAAUUACACUGCUGACUCCUAAUUUCUUGUAGCCAGAUGCCUUGUACUGAAUACUGAACUGAAAUUCAGUUCCAGCAUAGUCUAGUCAGAAAUCUGAUAGGAUGACUAUUCUGCCAUUGGAAUUAGUAAUGCAAGCCUUUAGUACGAAAUUAAGUGGCUUUAACUUUAUUAUCAAUCGGUGAUGUAAAAAUUGUACAUUUUAAAGUCUUUUUGAUCAAUAUUAUAAAUUCUACUUUGCCGUAUAAAGCCUUGUUUUGUAGUUCACUGGGUCUCAAUUCAUUGGUAAGCUGGGUAUUUUUUGUUUCUAUACACAUGGAACUAAAGAUACCAAAUGGGUACAGAAAUCUUGAUGCUGUUGCCUCUUUCACAACAAGUUGCGCAGGAACUAGAGAACCGGUCGAUGAGGAGCAGGGGUUAUGAACUGGGGUUUAGUCUGUAUGACACACCAUGUUGUAAGUGUGUUCCAGUCACUGACUUUUUGGUUUUUGUAUACAGUGAGCUCACUUCCUGUAUAGUCACAUUUUUAAAUUAAGACUAUGUAGGUCAUCACUGAUGUUGUUAGCCAGCUUUCUAAUAGCCAGCUGUGACUAAGAAAUGUCUUAAUCCUAACCCUCAGUUAACUGCUUCAGAUCCAUCCAGGAAUGCAUUGUGAGUGAAUGCUUCCCAAAAUGCAGCCUUUAUUUCCAAAUGCUUACUCUAGAAUCACUUCUCAACUCCCACAAUCCACUGCCCCCCACUUUCCCCCUAAACAUUGUGUUUCUCCGGGUCAAGUGACCAGAAAGGUAUGUGUGAAUACCAUCACAUAAACAGAGACUGGAUUUGUAAUGUGGUAUUCACCUGUAAGCUUGUUGCGGACAGAGCAUUUAGCAGAUUUUUUAUUUCAGUUUGUUUGUCUGCAAAACUUGAUCUUGGGAUAAUUCUUCAGCAAAUCAUAAACGCUUUAGGUUAAAACACUGUUGUGGGUGGGUCUUUACUGGUACAGCAUUAUAAAUCCUCUUUCUUAUACUGUCUACUGCAGGGGUCUCCAACCCUGGCCCUAUCUUGCAGGUUUUAUAGGUGUCUUUAUGUCAUCAUUGGCUAAAGAUCUGGAACACCUGUUAAUCCUGACUAAUUAAGCCAAUAAUUGGUGCAAUCAAGUAACUGAGAGCUCGGGUGAAAUGAAAACCAGCAGACCCAGUAGCUCUCCAGGACCUGGUCUACUGUAUAUACCCCAUAAAUAUGGAUAAACUGAAAUAAACUGCUUAUUCAUUUAACUAAACAAAAUGAAAGAAAGAACAAUUAUAUUGUAAAUAGGAAUUUGUAAAGUAACCUUUGUCUUCACUGUGUCUUUGGCAGUAUCCUCUAUAGCAGUAGUUCUCAACCCUGGUCCUUAGGACCCCCUGUGUCUGCUGGUUUUCAUUUCAACUGAGUUCUCAUUUACUUAAUUGAACUCAUAAUUUGCUUAAUUAAACCUUUUUUACUUGUUUUCAGCUCUUAAACCGUUGCAGAUUUCAAGUUAGCUAUAACAUUUUAUAAGUAACUUGAACUCCUGAAACUGUUUAAGAAAAAACAAGUACAAAGGUCUAAUUGAGCAAAUUUAUCAGUUCAAUUAAGAGUCUAGUUAAGUAACUGAGAGAUGUUUGGAAUGAAAACCAGGAGACAGAGGGGGUCCCCAGGACCAGGGUUGGAAACCACUGCUCUAAAUAAUGGAAGCUCCAAAGAUGGCACUGUGCUUUGGUGUUUGUUUAGCAUAUCUUGAGCAUAUCUGGUGAAUUCAGAGCUCAUUUGUAUUCAGUGUCAUGCAGAUAAAAUGAAAGUCUGUAGUCUGUUUCUCUGCAGAUGGUGUUUUGAAACCUACCACUUUUUUUGUGCAGUGUAACUACAGCUUGCAAUCAAAGAGGUUCCCCAAAGAUCAUGUUAAAAUACUGGCUCUCUAAACAACUCCAGAUCAGUCCAGGUUCUGUUGUAUGCACUGUGGUGGUGUUUGUAUUUCAGCACUCAGCUGUCUCCUAUAUGUUCAGCUUUCAAUGUCACAUUGUAGUGGCAGGUAAGAUACUGGUAUGUGUGAUAAUGAGUUUAUCCCUUUCCUGUAAUAAAUAAACUGCUGAAAGGCCCAUUCCACGUUUCGUGUGUUGCAGUUCGGAGCACACCCUCCUGCAUUGUAAUGUAGGCUGAAACCAUUUUUAAAAGGCACAAAAGCUUCCUAAAGGAACAUUCUUGAUUCACAUUUUUAAAACUCAUAAGGAGUGAUUUCCAGAGUCUUUAAUGUUGCUGUAACACACGCAACGUGGAAUAGGUCUAAAGUGUUAGUAAAGGCAGGAAAGAGGCAAGCGUCAGGGGUCACACUUGAAACUAAGCUGGGCUGAGUGCCAUACUCACUCAGUCUGCUAUGCUAAUUGUCAAUGCAAUAGAAGACCUGUGCAAACUGGUGGUAAAUGUUCAUCUAGUUCUGUAGUGAGAGACAGUGGUCAGGUUUGUUUAUUUUUUCCCCCACAUCAAAAAGAAAGGGAGUCUGGGGGAUCAUUACUUCUCAUAUGUAUGUGGUUCCUUUUAUCCUGAGAAUUUAAGAAGUCAGAGUACUUGGAUGCCAGUGAUCUGUAUCUACCCGUACACAGCCAAAUGUGUUUAUGAAUCUCGAUGCUGGGGAGUAGUUUUCAUGUCCGGUACAGUAAGAUAUUGUGCUGUCCACGGAGUACAAUCACGGCUAAUUGUUUAAUGACUUGUGUAGGUUGAGAGGAUCCUUUUAAUCAGCAUUGAGCCGUUCUAAAUGUUAGUGUUUCAAAACUCUGGAAAUGUUAAACACUUGGUUGUAACAGCAAUGCUAAACCUGCAUCUCCCCUUUUUUGUUAAACAAAUUCAACACCAAGGUUCAGGCACAGUGCGUCUGAUAAUUAUGUAAAGUAAAUGAAUAAUACAUUAAAUGAAAACUGAUUUGUCACAUUUGAUUCAUGGCUGGAGAGUGAACCGAGAUUUCCAUUUGAACUUCUAGCCUUGCUUGCUGUAUUUCCUGUGUCCUUUUUUUUCUUUCCCUGUAGCAUAGCGAUUCUAAGAAAAAACUAACAAAUAGAAACUGUUUCUUGACUGUAAAAAGCUUUUAAACUCUGAAUCAAUUAACUGUAUUACAGUUGUUCUGUACAUAUGGAUUGUAUAAAUACAUUAAAUGUGCUUUAUGUAGAAUGUA